AUGAGUAUAAACUUUCAACGUUUGUCGGAGCGCGACGAUGGCGAUUGUCCGGACGAGACGACGAGUAUCACGAACGCGCGCGACAACACGCCGAACUACUUAGGCACGCGGGUUUCACCCAGUCCGAGGAAUAGACGGCCUGCGCAACAAUCGGGUACCGACAACACUCCGACAAACCCGACAACUAAUACGAACGGCGUGAAUCAUCGCGCCGACGAGAAGAGCUGGAUACAUAAUUGCUUUAGCGGUUUAUGGUCGCUAGAGCUGGAGAACAAGGGAAGCGUAGCCAGGGACCAUUUAGCCUUGGCCAUGAAAUCCAUCGACGUCCCCGCCUUCGCGCGGACCCAGCUCGCGCUCCUAGACGCCGAGCUGCAAAGCGAGAUCGCAGAAACCAGCAGCCUAAUCGGCGGCACCAGCCCCUCCGCACUGCAGCGCGCGGGGCUCGCGGUCACAAACCUGUCCGUGACCUCGCAGCGCACGGGGUUCGGCGGCAGAACCGUGGUCGAGCUCGGCCCGGACGCUGCGACGGGCGGCGAGCUGCCCGAACACGGCCUCCGCACGGGGGACAUCGUGCUCGUGGCCGAGCAGCCAGCUGGCAGUGCGAAGAAGCGGGAGGUCAAGGAUUUGGAGAGGAAGGGGGUGAAGGGGGUUGUGGUGAGGGUUAAGAGGGAGGCGGUUGCGGUUGCGGUUGAUGAGGAGAGGGAGGAUAUGACGGGGUUUGCGGGCAGGGUUUGGUUGGUUAAACUUGCGGAUGAUGUCACGUAUCGCCGUAUGAACCAGACGAUGGAGAGGAUGCGCGAUAUGCCGGAUGCGGAGUAUUCUGCGUUCGUGAGAGUGCUGUUUGGACUUACGAGCCCGUCGGUGGUGCCGCUGGAUUUGAAGACUGAUGAGGAGGUGGGGGAGGGGAGGGUUGAGUGGUUUGAUCCGAAUUUGAAUGAGUCGCAGAAGGAUGCUAUUCGGUUUGCGCUUAGGUCUAGGGAGAUUGCGCUUAUUCAUGGACCGCCGGGGACAGGCAAAACACACACCCUCAUCGAGCUGAUCCUCCAACUCGUCAAGCGUAACCAGCGCGUCCUCGUCUGCGGACCCUCCAACAUCUCCGUCGACAACAUCGUCGAGCGGCUUUCCCCGCAUCGCGUCCCCAUUGUGCGUCUUGGGCACCCGGCCCGCCUUCUCCCCUCUGUCCUAAGCCAUUCUCUCGACGUUCUCACACAAACGUCUGAGGCCGGUCUUAUCGUCAAGGAUGUGCGGGGCGAGAUGGACGCCAAGCAAGCAUCCAUCAAGAAGACGCGUAGCGGAAAGGAGCGUCGGGGCAUUUACGCAGACCUAAAAGAACUAAGGAAGGAAUACCGUGAGCGCGAGCGUAAGUGCGUCGCCACGCUCGUCGGCGGCAGCAAGGUCGUGCUAGCGACGCUACACGGUGCCGGUGGCUUUCAACUCAAGAACGAGCAGUUCGACGUCGUCAUUAUCGACGAGGCGAGCCAGGCCCUCGAGGCCCAGUGCUGGGUCCCGCUAUUAGCGGCAAAAAAGGCUGUGUGCGCUGGUGAUCACUUGCAGUUGCCGCCGACGGUCAAAUCAACGAAUUCUAAGAUUAAGGUAAAGCCGAAGGCGAAAGAGGUUAAGGAGGGUGGGGAGGACGAUGGUAAAGGGAAAGGAGACGUGAUAAAAGGGGCGAGUUUGGAGACUACGUUGUUUGACCGACUGCUUAAACUACAUGGGGAGGGGAUUAAGAGGAUGUUGACGACGCAGUACCGUAUGCAUGAGAAGAUUAUGCGGUUCCCGUCGGACGAGCUUUACGAGGGGAAACUAGUUGCCGCAGACGCGGUGAAAGAGAGACUACUGAAAGACCUAGAGUACGAAGUUCAAGAUACGGAGGAUACGAGCGAGCCUGUCAUUUUCAUAGAUACCCAGGGAGGAGAUUUCCCGGAGAAGAACGAAGAGGAAGAGGAUAAAGAGAGUAAGGGGAAGGAUAAGGACGGCGAAAAGGGAAAGAAGAAAGCUUCAGCUAGAUCGUUAUUUGGUGAGAGUAAAAGUAAUGAGAUGGAGGCUGCGCUUGUGAGGCAGCAUGUCAAGAAACUGGUUGAUGCUGGCGUGAGGCCGGAGGAUGUGGCCGUCGUCACACCUUACAAUGCACAGCUCGGCCUCCUAGCUCCUCUCAAGGAAGCCUUCCCCGGCAUCGAACUCGGCUCCGUGGACGGAUUCCAAGGCCGAGAGAAAGAAGCGGUGAUCGUUAGUCUCGUACGGAGCAAUUCCGAAGGGGAGGUUGGGUUUUUGAGUGAAAAGCGUCGGCUCAAUGUUGCAAUGACGAGGCCUAAACGGUCACUUGUUGUCGUGGGUGAUUCGGAGACUGUUCGUCGAGGCAGCAAAUUUCUCAACAACUGGAUGGAGUGGCUGGAGAACAAUGCCGAUCUUCGCUAUGUCGAUUCGGCUUCGAUACAGACGUGAGAUGUGACGAACAGGUGCGGCCAAGGUCCAU